AUGGGUGGGAAUGAAACUCGAGAGCUUCCGAUCAUCAACCUCUCCGACAAGAACCUGAAACCGGGAACAGAGCUGUGGAACUCGACGAGGGACAGCGUCCGUGAAGCCAUGGAACACCAUGGAUGGUUCGUGGCUGAGUACAACAGCUUUCCAACAGAACUCCACCAGUCAGUUUUGGAGGCCGCCAAGGAACUACUCGAUCUCCCUCCCGAAAUCAAGCUAAAAAACGAGAACCACAAGGCCGGACACGGCUACAUCUCCAUGAUCUCCGAUGAUCAACCGGUUCAUGAAGGUCUCGGUAUUGACCAAGUCAACGACAUCCAACAGUGCCGCCGAUUCUCCCGUAUCAUGUGGCCUAAUGACCAUGACAACGACCGUUUCUGUGAAACCGUUCACGCAUAUGCGAAAAUGCAAGCGGAACUGGAGCAACUGGUGAUAAAGAUGCUCUUCGAGAGCUAUAACCUAGAGAGGUACGCAGAUAAACACAUAAGAGGAUCACGGUACCUUCUUCGGUUGCUCAAAUACAGAAAACUCCCUAAUGGAGAGCCCAACAGGAAGUUCAUUUCUCACACGGACAAGAGCUUCAUCUCCAUUCUCCAUCAGAACCACAUCACAGGGCUCAUGUUGAAAUCCGAGAAAGAGGAUGUUUGGUAUCCUUUUAACCCUUCACCAACCCGGUUUGCUGUAAUAGCAGGCGACGCCAUCAUGGCGUGGAGCAACGACAGAAUCAAGGCGUGUUACCACAAGGUGGAGAUGGAGAGCGUGGAAACGAGGUAUUCGUUUGGUUUCUUCUCGUUCCAAGACGGGAUGAUAUCGACACCAGUGGAGAUGGUGGACAAGGACCAUCCUUUAGCGUACAAUCCUUUUCACCAUGACGGACUUCUUGAUUUCUAUGAAACAUUGGAGGUUCAUCUUAAGGCCCACCGUUCCAUGACCAAGGCCUAUUGUGGCAUCACAAGCGUAUGA